UCGAGCCUGCGACUCUCUGCCGUUACGUACUCUCUCAGUUAGGCGAGGAGCUGGCUUUGUGGUAGUACCCUAGGCGGCAAAGCCAGCGCCUGUCUUUCUCCUCGGUCCUGUGGCCGGGCUCUGGAUCUGAGGCCCGAUCGGUCGAUUCGCGUUGCGGCGAGGAUUUGUGCAGGCAUCGGCGUUCUUGAAAUGGUGUGUUCUUGAAUCCUGAUCGACGCGGCAUGGAUUCGGCGGAGGUGAAAGACGAUGCGGCGGCGGGGACGGCGGCAGCGCCAGCGCAAGAUGAGAAGACAGAGGUCGCCAAGGACUUUUUCGUGUCCGAGGGAGAAUCCGCGGGGGAUGCUGGUUCGAAGAACGAAGAGGAGGGCACUCUGAAAGAUUUUCCGGAAGAAGAGCUGGAUUCUCGGAAGGAGGAGGUGAAUCUUUCGGAAUCGUUGGAAGGGGUCGCUGAUGAAAAGAAGGGAGGGGUGGAUUGGCCGGAAAAAGCUGCCGCCUUGAAGAAUUUCGUCAAAGAAAGAGGGAUCGUCGUCUCCAAGGUGAUCCGGAGGUUGUCCGGGAAGAAAGAAGAUCUGGAACAGGCAGUGGAGACACAUAGUAGCGAGGACCCAGUGAAGCCGGACGAGAAGAAACAACGAUGGCCCACGCUAAGCUUUCUCAAGCCCAACGUUCCGAAUGAGCAAGAGCCAAUGGGGAAAUCUAUCAGUGAAUUCGAGGAUGAGAUGAGCGUGACGGGGAGAAUUACGCUCUUUUCCAAGUCAGGUUGCCCGGACUCCAAGGCUGUCCGGUCGUUCCUGAGGAUAAAGCACCUCCCGUUCGUAGAGAUCAACCUGGAUUUGUUCCCUCAGCGAGGCUUGGAUCUGGAGGAGAGGACUGGAACAUCGUCUGUUCCACAGCUUUUCUUCAACGACGAGCUUGUGGGUGGUAUGGAGGAGCUCAAUCUGUUGCAGCAAAACGGAGAGCUCGAUGAGAAAAUCCAAAAGGUGAAGGAGAAUCCAUGCCCAGAAUCGGCUCCAGGUCUUCCGGUUCACUCUGAAGAGGAAUCGGAAAAUGCGGUUCCAGACGAGUUUGCGGAGGUUGUCCAGAAACUCAGAGAGAAGGUCCAGCUCAAAGACAGGUUCCUCAAGCUUCGUCUCUACAGCAAAUGCUUUCUAGGCUCGGAUGCAGUGGAGGUUUUUGCGGAAGAUCAGUACUGUGAAAGAGACGAGGCUGUUGAAUUUGGAAGGAAAGUUGCAGCAAAACACUUCUUCCAUCACGUUGCACAUGAGAACUUGUUUGAGGAUGGUAACAACUUGUACCGCUUCUUCGAACAUGAUCCUGCUAUUGCUACCAAGUGCCUGAACUUUUUCGGUGCUACAAACGACUUGGAACCGAAACCAGCUGCCGACGUUGCCAAGAAGCUCAUGACUCUGAUCCUUGCAACCUAUGAUCGUUACAUCUCCGACGAUGGAAAGCAUGUCAACUACUAUGCUAUCGCGGCAAGUGAAGAGUUCCGAAGAUAUGUGAAACUGACUGAAGAGCUUCACCGGAUCGAUUUAACAACGCUUACCAGAGAAGAGAAGCUGUCCUUCUUCCUGAACAUUCACAAUGCGAUGGUCAUCCAUUCCUUCAUCCUGUAUGGCCGUCCCAAUGGAGCGCUGGAAAGACGAACGUACUUCGCAGAAAUCCAGUACGUGAUUGGCGGGUAUGCAUACUCUCUUUCGGCAAUUCAAAACGGGAUUCUUCGUGCGAAUCAGAGACCGCCAUACACACUGACCAAAAUCUUUGGCGCAAAAGACCCGCGUCUCCAGGUCGGACUGGAAAAGCCAGAACCACUGGUCCACUUUGCACUCUCGUAUGGAACCCAGGGCAGCCCAGCGAUCCGGUGCUACUCCCCGGAAGGAAUCGACGCGGAGCUGCGGAUCGCCGCGCGAGACUUCUUUGACAGCGGUGGGAUCACGAUCGACUCGGAAGCUAGGACCGUGUCCCUCAGCAAGAUCAUGAAGUGGUAUAGCAGCGAUUUCGGGAAGAACGAGAGGGAAGUGCUGCACUGGAUCGCCAAGCACAUCAAUCCGACCAAAGCCGAGCACCUCCUCAGCCUGCUCGAGGAUUCCAACGUCCGAGUGAACUACUUUCCAUUCGACUGGUCUCCAAACAUCUAGGAGGAGAAAGCGAGCUGGUGGAGUGUUUCUUUCAAGUAAGAAAUCGUCCCAUGCAAUGCAAUGGAAUGUCGUUAGAGCGAUUUUUUUUAGCUAGAAAUAAAUGUAUGUCCGAAGUUAACAGCACUGUGUUCUAUGGUUAAAAACUAUUAUUUUC